CAGCAGUUUGCUGAAGCUUUUCUCACACACACCCACAAACACCUGAGAGUAUACACGGUCUCAUUACAGCUUCGACGAAACACAGUAUGGAUGGGGUCCCUCUAAAGAUGCCACAGGCUGUCUCACAGGAAGUCAAAGAAGAUGUCAAAGUCAUUAUCACUGAUUAUCUCAACAUACUGCAGGACACAGAGUAUGACUUCUGCCUGGAGAACUGGGUGCUAACAGGGCUGCAGAGUGGUGUCACCAGUCAUCGGCCUCAGCUCUCUUCCUCCUCAUCAGGACUGCUGCCAUCCUGUCCUCCAUACUGGAUGAUGUUUAGCAGCACUCAGCAGAGCUGCGUGGCAAACCGACAUAGCUCUGACUUCUGGGAGCCCAACCCUCGACAGCGCUCCCACAGCCUCAACGCCGAUAUAAUGUGCACCAAGUUUACCAUCUUAGAUUCUGAAAAUGAAGGGGAGAGCAUGGCCCAGAAUGCAAAAACAUGUGUGUCAAUGACAGUCCACCCAAAUGGAGCUGCUUCACGCCAGCGUGGUCAGCAGAAAGCAUUUAUUGCAGACCUGCUGAACCCUCCAGCCUGUUUGAGCAGCCUGCCACACCAGCGCAGGAAGAAUCUACGACAGUGCUCCCUGUCUGUGCUGGAGAUGUCCUCACAACUUGAUCCAAAUGAAGACAACCAACAUAGUCUGUUCUCACACAGAAUCCUUCACACCAAGACCCCCAACACCAGAGUUUCCAAUUCUGCAAUCACCAUCCGAGUUCCAAACAACAGAGCUAAUACAGUCCAAAUGCUGCCCAGCAUCACUAACUACAGCACAAUGAAAUCUCCCAAUCCAGAUUCCUGUGUGAACCCCCCUGUGACCUCGAACCCCCGAGGUCUCCCCUCAUCUGGUUCAGACUCGUCAGCAGAGCUACUGUCAGUUCUGAGCCCAGAGGAGAGAGAGCUACUGGGGACCAUCACAGCCCAGGGCUACCCCGUCCAUACUGCCAUCAUUGCCCUGCAGAGGACAGGUCGGCAGAGUCCAGAUCAGGAGCUAGCUGCACUGUGUGAAUUCAGCGACAUGGAGAAGCAAAUGCUUCGUGACCAACUGAUAGAGCGUGUGGCCACUACGCGCAUACGAGACAGACUCUUGUUAGAACUGGACCUGACCCUGGCCAAAGCUACUACACUGGCUUUACGGAUCGAGGCUGAACUACGGAAUGCUGAUGUUCUCUCUGAUGCUACUACCGCUGCUGCUUCUGCAUCGUGAGAGCCAUAGACAAGUAGCCACGGAGGAACCACCAGUGGGACAAGAGGAAAUCCGUUUCAAGGGCAGCAUCUGCCGCGGUAAAGACAACUGGGAAUCAUCCCUCCUGCUAUCCAUGUUGAUCUACCAACCACUUAGCUAAUAAGCCUUCAUGCCCGGCGGCAAAGGUAACAUGCAAUUCAUGUGUAAAAGUUGGACAUUUUUCUAAAGUUUGCCAUUCUGUUCAAAAGGAGGUACGCAAGGUUGUGAUAUCUGAACUGACUGUAUUAUACAUGAACAAUCCUGAUGCUGUUAAAAUUCUCUGUACUGUACAAGUGAAUGUGAGGGAGCAUACGCAUGAUGAGCUAAUUGUGGAUACAGGUUCAUUUGUUUCUAUUAUUCCAGAGAGUAUGUACAGAACCCUCUUUCCUACAUGUGUCCUAGCUGAGCCUACAAUAGUGUUGCUUACAUAUUCAAGACAGAAAGUACCUGUUAAAGGGUGUAUGCAUGCCACAAUAACUCAUAAUGGACAUUCAACAACAGGCUCAUUUGUUGUGGUUAAGUCAGGCACUGCUCUGUUAGGGCUAGAUUUAUUUGUAGCUCUGCAUAUGUGUAUUAAGGUUUACACAGUGGUUACUGCUACAAGCCCUACCGACCUUAAUGUGCAGUGUGCAUCUACGAUACCAAGCACAUCCCCACAGCUGCACCAGAGGCUCAGUUGCUGGAGAUGGGAUGUGCAAAAGGAUUUGUGCACAAAAUACAACUUAAACCGGAUGCUGUCCCAGUACAACAGAAACCGAGGAGGCUUCCAUUCUCUGUGAGGCAGGCUGUGACUGAUGAGCUCAAGGACUUACAAGAAAAGGGCAUCAUAGAACACAUUGAUGCAUCCCCCUGGGUCUCCCCCAUUGUUGUGACUCAAAGAAAAGAGGAAGGAAAGCCUUGCAUGUGAGUCAACAUUAGGGAGCCAAACAAGUCGAUUGUAUGUGACUGUCAUCCUAUUCCACACAUGGACGAGCUGUUCACUAACUUGUGAGGGGAUAAUGUCUUUUCUACCAUAGACCUAGCUUCUGCUUAUAGCCAAAUGCUGCUACAUCGGGAUAGCCGUGAUUUAACUGCAUUUAUCACUCAUGAGGGCAUUUUCCGUUUCUGCAGAGUUUCAUUUGGCCUAGCUUCGGCUCCAUCAGCCUUUCAAAAAAUGAUGUCAACCAUACUAGCAGGUCUACCAGGAGUACAGGCUUAUCUUGAUGAUGUGAUAUGCUAUGGUGUCAACCAGCAGGAUCAUGAUACUAACCUACGGAGGGUGCUGCAUGCUCUUAAUGAGGCAGGACUCAAACUGAACAUGCAAAAGUGUAGGUUCAACCAGACAUCACUACGUUUUCUGGGCCACACCAUAUCCAAAGAUGGUCUUAUGAGACUUAUGAGACUUGCCCUGAACUAACACAACUUCAAUGUCAAAUACAAGCAGGAUGGCAAAAAUGCAGAAAGAAAGUCAUCAGAACUUGCUCCGUACUUUCUUGUCAAGAUGAACUGGCAGUAGUUAACUCUUGUCAUGAGAGGCACUGAUCGCGUGGUCGUUCCCACUUCAUUGCGGUCUAGAGUAGUAGGCUUAGCACAUGUAGGACACCAGGGAAUAGUGCAUACUAAGCAGAGACUGCGUAAGUUAUAUUGGUGGCCGCAAAUGGACAAAUAUGUACAGACUAAGAUAGCUUCAUGUGUGUCAUGUCAGUACAAUGUCAAAACAGCAAAGACUGCACCUGCACCACUUACACCUGUGGAGCUGCCUGAUGGACCAUUGGAAAAGGUAGCCAAUGAUAUAACGGGACCCUUUGGGAGGGCCACAUGGGACUUGGGAUGAAGAAAGUUGGACCGAGUACUUAGUGUACUUCUCAGUGAUGGACGGAAGUCAAAUGCAUCAAAACUAGCACACUUUCCAAAGCAAGCUUAAGCAUGCACCAGUAAGGACAAUGAGAUUGUGCUUGAUGGGUUAACGGUGCCAGAGAAUGUUGUUCCUAAUCCACUGGAACCAGGCCCAAGACGAAACUUUAGUCAGAAACCCACCUCAGUGUUUUUGUAAGGUAAAACCAAACCGAAAGUAAAAUACUGUUAGGUGAGUUCAUACUGUUCUGAAGACUGAGUUAUAUAUAAUAUUUACAAAACCGUAUAAAACUGGAGUACCAAAAGUGAA